UGAGGACUUGCUUUGGAAAACAAGUCAUGAACAACACCAAUGCGGCAUAAACAAGCGAUAGAAACAGUUAAUCGAACGUUAUAAACGGCUUCAUGACUCGCAAUAACCUUACAGAUCACCUCUCUUGGUUAUUGAACAACGUCUCACUCACGAAGCCAACUUGCCGACCUCUGUCUCGAAGUAACGCGCCUGCGAGGGGCAUAUCUCAACAACAACCUACACAUUGGCAGACCUCGUCGCAAUCCCGAGACCUCUCAAACACAUGUAGCCUAUUGCAAAAUAAUCUACAAAAUAGUCGUCAAUCUCGAGUAGAUGCCCCAAUAAACGACCAAUCACCAGUGGAGGAAGCGGAGGAGAGAGCACUCCCCGAACGAGAAAUAAUGGGACGUCUCACUUCCAGUGGCAAGUCGAAAAAGCCAACUCUGAUCUCACAGCAAGCAACAUUUCCGACUCCGCGAUCUUUGGUAUUUGGAGAAGCCGCUGGCUCCUCACACAAGCAGAUCAUAUCCGAAUCCUCAACUACCUUGUCGAAACCCCUACAAUCACCAGCUGAAGGCAAACUACCAAAAGCCACUUCAGUAAUAUCUAGUUUAGGCUUGGAUCUAAACUAUUUUGACGACGACGACCUAGUCUGCAUGGAUUUGACUGCCGAUACAAGUCUUGCUGAUCUGUCGAAAGAUGCAUCUUUUAAAGACCUCCCGCGAUCUGCAUCAAAGUCCACGAGAAAGGCUACACCGCUAUCAAAUCGGGGAAAGAAGAGAAAAAGCGCCGACUUUGCCGAAUUCGACAUCGAUUUGGACAAGAUGGAUGAGCCAUUCGCGGAUGUGUACCAUAUCCUGGGCACCGAACCCCCGUCAUCCACACCGCGAAAAAAGCAGAAUAUGAACAAUCCGGCCGGCACAGACAGUGGUAAAGCUGGAAAGCUACUGACACCUGGCUCUAGGCGUCCUUCAAGUAGCUUACCGCAAUUAGACUCGGCCGAAGUUAGAUCGUCACCUUUGCAACGUGCUGUGAACCGACGAAAACAAACAAAGGCAUCUGGAACUGAUGUUAUGGCUCCAACGGUCAACACUCCAGCCCCUGAACCGGAUGUAAUACCAGAAGCAAGUACGCCUACUUCCAAUACCCGAACUGCACGCCACGCUGAUCAAGACGGUGUGGUACCUGACUCCGAUGACGAAUUUGUAACUCCACCUUCCCAAAACCAUCCAAGCAGCAAUCUUGCAAAUUUCGUCGACCUCGACGAUAGCUCUCUGAUCGAGCUACCCCAUCCUACCAGCUUAAAGUCAGGAUCAGCGACGUAUGGCCUACAACCACCUUCAGCCGAAACAGCCAAGGCUGUUGUGACUGGGGAAGACGCCGCAACUCAGGGUGUGCUCCCAAACUCGAGCCAAAUGCCAAGGAUAUUAUCCCAGAUACAACAAAACCCUGAGGUCAUUGAACGGCGGGUAGCACAUAUUGAUACCCUUGUCCAACAGAAUGGCGCGAAGUUUUUGCAAGCAAUUAACGAACGCUGGCCAAAGGAGAAACGUCAUGAGAUCAAGCUUGAAAAGGAGCGUCUACUGCGUCAACAGCAGGCGCUCAAGGAUGUUGCGCCAUCUCUAGCAGCAUACGGAGUGCUUGCCCUGAAUCGAGAGACGCUUGUUAAACAGAUCGCAACCUCUUAUGCUGAGGGCAUCGAUACAGACGAAGACGAAACUCUCCUGGACACAUUGACGGAUGAGAUUGAGCGAAAGGAAGCUGACCUUGUUGUCGAGCUCAAGUCCUGUGGCUUGACAAACGUUGACUUGGAGGCCUUGAUUCGACCGCCAACGGCUUCAACCGCCGAGUCAAGUUUAGUGGUCAUGGGCACUCAGGCUUCACCAACAACGUAUUUAGUCAAUAUGUCGCAAACAUCGACCAUUGAUAUGCUGCCUGCGACCCAAAUAGUUCAUCAAACACAGCUACCAGGACACUCACAACCGAAUUCCUCACGAGAUCUCAAUUCAUCAACGCAAGCCAUCACACGCGGUAGACCCGAUGAAUGGCAAGAUAAGCCUUUCCCGCGAAACACUUCAGGCACUGCAGGUUGCGGGCCAUCUGUUACAUAUAGUAAUGAUGUACCCGAUGAAGACGAUUUCUUUUCGGAAACGGAACAGGAUCUGAUGCCACCUCCGCCGAAUACAAACCGGGCACCAGGAAAUCUAGUGGAAUCUCGGCGCCAUGAUGAAUUUAGCGACUUUAGCGAUGAAGCUGAUAUCCUCGCACUUGCUCAUGAUUACGAAAGCCGCCAAUCAGGGAGAGAUGAGCCUCACCAGCAAAGAAUUAUUUUUUCAGAAACAUCAGGCAAUAGUAUGGCCGCCUCUAAACCCAGGUCUAUGUCCAAAAGUGUGACACCUGCACCAGUGGCGCAGCCGCUUAUCCCUCCAGAACUCAUGCGGCAUCCGUGGUCUCCAGAAGUUCAAAAGAUUCUCAAGGAUAGGUUCAGAAUGAAGGGGUUCCGACAAAAUCAGCUGGAAGCUAUUAACGCGACGCUUGCUGGCCAAGACGCUUUUGUGCUUAUGCCUACCGGAGGCGGAAAGUCCUUGUGCUAUCAGCUUCCAGCGGUAAUCCGGACUGGGAAAACAAGAGGAGUGACUAUAGUGGUUUCGCCAUUGCUCAGUCUAAUGCAGGAUCAAGUCCAGCAUAUGAAGGCUCUUGGGAUUCAGGCUGUUGCCUUCAACGGCGAGUGCUCAGCUGACUAUAAGAGACAAGUCAUGAGCGCUUUUGACGAACGAAGUCCUGAGCACUUUGUGGAGCUUCUCUACGUCACCCCUGAAAUGGUUAUGAAAAAUGGAGCUUUUAAUAACGGUAUGCAAACGCUAUAUCGCAAAGGCAAGUUUGCACGUCUGGUAAUCGAUGAAGCCCAUUGCGUUAGCCAAUGGGGCCACGACUUUCGUCCGGACUACAAGAACCUUGGACAAGUCAGAUCUAAAUUCCCAUCCGUUCCAGUGAUGGCUCUAACGGCUACUGCAACACAAAACGUCAUUGUCGAUAUCAAGCAUAAUCUUGGAAUGAACAAUUGCCAAGUAUUUUCGCAAAGCUUCAACAGACCGAAUCUAUACUAUGAGGUGCGAUCAAAGGGAAGCAAUCCAGCUGCAACUGACAGUAUUGCCGAUCUCAUCAAUUCCAAAUAUCGUAACAUUACAGGCAUUGUUUACACGAUUUCACGAAAGCAGGCGGAAGAUGUGGCUAGCAAGCUUUGUGCGCGUGGGAUCAAAGCAAGGCACUACCAUGCAGCAAUUGAGCCCCAGGAGAAACACGAAGUGCAAACUGCUUGGCAAAAGGGGAUUGUCAAAGUUGUUGUUGCAACGAUCGCUUUUGGCAUGGGUAUUGAUAAACCAGAUGUUCGGUUUGUGGUGCAUCAUGGCUUACCCAAGAGUUUGGAAGGCUAUUAUCAAGAGACUGGUCGAGCAGGUCGUGAUGGAAACCCUUCGGAUUGUAUUCUCUUCUAUGGCAAGGGGGAUAUAAGAGUCCUCAAGAAGAUGAUUGCUGACGGAGAUGGAAAUCAAGAGCAGAAGGAGCGUCAAAUGGUCAUGCUCAACCGUGUUUCUGCUUUUUGCGACAACCAAUCCGACUGUCGACGAACAGAGGUUCUCCGUUACUUUGGAGAGGACUUUGAUGCCUCACAAUGUGGCAAGAGAUGCGACAACUGCCAGGCUGGGUUGGUUUUCGAACAACAGGACUUCUCUGAAUAUGCUAUUGCUGCCAUCCGUGUUGUCCAAGCACAACACAAGCUUACAGCCAACCAGUGCGCAGAUAUUCUUCUAGGCAAAAGGUAUCCGAACAAUGAAGACGAGCUGUCGGACAAGUUUCAUGGCAUGGCAAAAGGACUGAAGAAGCAUGAGGUUGUCCGAGUGAUUGACAAAUUGUCGGCAGAGAAGGGAUUCUAUGAGGACAAUGUUGUUGGGAAUUAUGGUGUGGCCAUUCAGUACCUCAAGAUAGGCUCAGCUGCAAAGUACUUCUUGGCCGGUCAGCGGAAACUAAUGCUCACUAUUCAAGUUUCCGAUAGCAGCUCCGCUAAGAAAGGGAAAGCGAAAGCCAAAAAGGUCACCACCAAAAACACGAAGGAUGUUGACUCGGCAGCCUUUCAGUCCACGUAUGUUUCGUCACCCAUCGAUAGACGCAAGGCUCGAGCCAGAAAACAGCGCAUAAUUGAUGGUGUCGAUGAGUUUGAAUAUGCGUCGAAUGGAUACGCUGAUAACGGGCUUGUUGUCUCUGAUGAUGGCGAGGAAUAUGACAGUGAUGGUGACGACGGAUUUGAUGCUCUGCCACCACACCGGGCGGCAAAACCACCGACGAAGUCAAGGGGUAAGCUGGCUACUGGUAUGCUUAUCAAAUCUGGAAAGCAGCUCAAAGAUCUAUCCGAGAUUCACCAGGAUCUCGUCAAUGGGUUUGUUGAUGAGGCAAGACAGAUUGAGGAACAUAUUCGGAAUAAACGAGGCCUACGGCGUCCACUCUUCAGCGAAAACGACCUUCGCGAAAUGGCUAUCAACUGGACAGUGACAAUCGACCGCAUGAGCUGCAUUCCAGGAGCCGACCCAGAUAAGAUUGCUGAGCAUGGCCCCAGACUGAUACCUGUUUUAAAACGCUAUCAUACCAUGUAUCAGGAAAUCAUGGGCGACAAUGCAGCAGAAGAGUCUAUUCAAGACAUUGUGGACCUAAUCAGCUCCGAUUUUGAGAUAGACGAUGAUGAAAAAGAGCCAGACGACCAAGAAUCACAUUAUUUUAGCCGACCAGAGGUUGCGGCUUUCCAUGAACGUCUGGAAGGUCUCAAUAGCCAGCAUCAGCAAGCACACUCUGAAAGCCAAAGUAGGAGCAAGCGGCCUUCAUCUGGCUAUGGAAGUGGCCGUAGUUCCAGAGGCAAGUUCCCUGGUAAAAAGUGGUCACGCAAAGGAGCUGCAGGCGGUGGCGGUGGUAUAACAAAACGCAAGACCAGUGGUGUUUCGACGGCUGCCGGUGGUAGUAGUAGAAGAGUAACGUUGUCAAGAACAGCAACUUCGUCAUCAACUUCAAAAAGAGACGGGAAGAUUGUGAUUAAGAAGAAUGGGGGUGGCAUCGGCCUGAUGCCACUGUAAUGAGAUAUGGUUUCAAUGUUGGCAUUGAUAUGGCAGCAGCGUGGAAUUUCAAUCCCGUAAGAACAUGCAUUUAUAAGGAGUCUUUUGUUUGAUUUAACCAGCAUACCUGGUAAGGGCCGCGCUUAGAACUAUGGGAAGUAAAGACGUUUUUGCACACGGCAUAUGGAGAGGCGUAGAUAGAUACCAACCACUGGAAACGGAUCAUUAGGAGUAUAUUACUUUAAGCACAUGUGUUGUAGUGAGUAGUGAG